AUGGGCAUGGAACACUACCAAAUCAUCAAGCAGCUGGGUGGCACGACGGGCACGUUCCUGGCUGUGGACAAGCAGGAUGGGACGCGGAGGGUAGUAAUCAAGCGCCUGGUUGACGGGACGCAAGGCAUGGAGGAGCUCAACGUGUCGCUGCGGGUACGGCACCCUAACAUUAUCCCCUUUCUGGAGUCCUUCGUGCAUGACGGUGGGUUGUACGUUGUGCUGGCGUAUGCGGAGGGUGGUGACCUCGAGGCGCACCUUGAAUGCCUGGCGCGGGAGAAGCGGCCGCUGCCGCACUCGCUGAUGCUGCGCUGGUUCAAGCAGCUCAUCGAGGCGCUACAGUGCUGCCAUGAGCAGAAAAUCAUGCACCGCGACGUGAAGCCAGGCAAUGUGUUCCUCAACGCUGGUGCGACGGAGCUGUACCUUGGCGACUUUGGUUCCGCCAAGGCGCUCCUCCGCACGGUCUCGCUGACGUCAACUUUUGUUGGCACGCCCAUUUGGAUCUCGCCGGAGCUCCUGACGGGCACACCAUACAGCUUCCCAUCCGAUGUCUGGUCGCUCGGUUGUGUUUUCUAUGAGAUUGCGGCGCUACGGCGUCCCUUCUGUCCAAGUAGCUUUGCGAACCUCGUGCAGCAAAUCACGUCUGGUGACUUCGCCCCGCUCCCGCCAAGUGUGCCGGAGGAUGUGCGCGCCAUUAUCACGUCCAUGCUGCAGGUGGACCCGAAAAAGCGGUGUGGCUUGACAAAGGUGUUGGAAAUGACGGAGCAGGCGAUCACCGCACGGAGCAGCCCCUCCGCUGCGAGGGUGGCGGGGGACAAAGGCCCUCCGCCGCACUUGCCCAAGCGAGCACUGGACGCGGCCCUCGUAAAGGUUCAGCAGCAAUCGCCGCAGCAACCGCAACGCCCGCCUUCUGCAGCAGAGGCUUCCCCAGAAGAAGAGAAAGCGAAGGAAGCGGGGGCGGAAAAAGAUGCCCAGCAGUUCUCCGAGUGGGCGCGCGCGCGUAAUCACGAUUUGGGCGUCAUUGAGCGCUACCUCCGAAAGUUCCGCCAGUCGGAUGAGCGGGUGUUGGCGGCCACUGCCUCGACGCUGGAGGAGUUGCAGCGUCGGCAGGAACGGCGCCAAUCAGGGGCGUCACCGCAGCGCGUGGCGACGCCACCGCCGGUAACGCAGCAAAUCGAUUCGCGGCUAAAGCCAGGUAUUGUAUGCGAGGUGCGGAUGGAGGCAGUGCCGAUACUUCACCCACCCCAACAACAACAACCACUACUACAGCAGCAAGCGGCAAAACCGAUUGUCAACCAACGGCGCUGCAUCAUCAGCACAAAAAUCGCCCACGGCAAAAACGAUCAAGACAGCGGCCCUCCAAACAGAAAUGCGUCACCAUUAGCUCGCCUGCCUUCGUCCGGGCAACACUUGAAUGGGCAGAACCCACUAGCGUUUAGGCGGCUGAAGAGCACCCCGUCCGCUUUCCGCCAGGGUUCGCCCCUGGGACCGGGACCGGGACAAGAAGAAGAACGGCAGCUGCUUCGCGAAAAGAGGGAGCAAGAACGCGCCAAGAUGAUCGAAAUGAUUCGAGAGCAAAAAGCGAAGGCGAUACAACAGCGCAAGGCAAAUGGCAAAAAGGAACCCAAAGACGCGGUCGCAGUGGAGAUUGUGCUGCCCGACAAUUUACGUUAUGUAGACGGCGCCCCCUGA